GAUGCUUAUUUAUAUGACAUUAUAUCUGUUGUCAUAUAAAGAAGACUUGAUUAGAGAUGCUGCUGUCUCCCUUUUUCCACUGAUGAUAGUAUUUACUUCUCAAAUCACAUUUUUCUCUCUUCCUGUGACGUCUCACUCACCACAUCCUGGUUUUGACUUCACAAGACGCCAGCAUAUCUACAGUUUAACGGUUUUCCUGUCAAUUUUCAGUUCACACGCGUGCUCUCAUAGGAUAUAUUUUCUCACUCCGCCAGCUUAAGUGCACACACAUACACACACACUGUAUGAUAAAUAAUUAUAUACUAUCAUGGUAGGCUACUGUCCAAUCUGCGGGAAGCCCGUCUACUUUGGUGAGAAAAAGAGGUCCUUAGGGAGGGACUACCACCCUCUGUGUCUGAAGUGUCAGAGGUGCAACAGACAGCUCACAGCUGGACAACAUGCAGAGUAUGAUGAGAAGCCGUACUGUUCAUACUGCUACCUGAAGAUGUUUGGUCCAAGAGGUAACAGGUGACUGGUGUCGCCAUGGCACAGUGCAUCCCCUCUACAGAAACCAGACUGAGCUAAAAUGGACAAACGCUGACAGAAGAAGACACACAGGGCCUGUUUAAUAAAGACAUUUAAUAAAUAAAUAUAAAUGAUAGAUAUCUAUAUAUUCACUUCCACAAAAUUAAAUAUUUAUAAAUGUGUGAUGACCACUUAAUGCCAUGUGUAUGUGAUUGUUCACUUUUAUAAUAUAACUUAAUUUUGCAUGUUGAAAAUUGUAUGCCAGUAUUGAUGAAUGCAUUUUAAAAACAUUUCAACAUCAAA